AGAAGAAAAACUUGAGUUUCCUGCAUAAAAACAUAUAAGAUGCCACUUGAUAAUAUCUACUGUGUAUCGUUGGCCUGUAUUAUUUGGGACAGGGUCUCAUCACAGUUAGAAUCUAUAUACCUAGCCUUUGCACAUAUUUAUGAUCUAUGUUUCUGCAAUAUUUUCUACACUAAGCACAGAGUAUUUGUGGUAUUUUCUCAUACUGCAAAACACAUACGAACUUUAUUAGGUAUAAUGUAGAGUUACAGGGAUUUUUUUCUACAGCAGCUGCGUAAUUAAAAUUUAGCUAUUGCAUAUUUUAAGAGGAACAUAAUAUCUUUAAUUUUUGUGGUACAAUUUGUACUGUUUUCUUAUUACAUGUGUCUCUUUGUAUUUAAGUUAUGCUGUAUUUAUUAGUUUAGCCAUCAAAUAAUUGUAUUCUAGGUUUUUGCAACCAAACGAGUAGCAACAGAGACCCAAGAAUGCUAUUUUAACACAAUGUGUGUCAUUAAAUAUCAGGUCACAUGGAUGUGUAUAUGUAUAUAUAAUAGUCCUACUUUUAUUUGCAAACAUUUAUGGUAUACCAACUUUGUUACUAAGCUUUGUUCUAAACUUUUUUCUGACUUUUAUUUUGAAAAAUAAUCUGAAAAUUAACAGCUCUUGGACUCAGGCAGAAUAACCUUCAGUUCUACUGGUCAUUACUUUACUCUCCAUGGUUAUAGAGGAGGAAGGAGAAAUCUCCCUUUAACUUCAGUAGUAAACUGAAGUCAGAUAUGUCAUUUUCACAGUCAGUAUACAGUGUCUUCUUUCAGAAUUGAUGCAGACAUAUCUUGAAGCAUGGGAAAGCUUUUAAAAUCUUAGACAUUGGUUCAGUUAACAAGUGGCUGCAGGAUUUAGUUGUAACUAUGACUUGUAUAUUCAGUCGCUUUUCAUGGAGUUUUAAGAUAUUUCCCUUCUCUUCCCUCUUUGUAAGUUGUCGAAGUGAAGAGGUGCAGUUCCUGAGGAUGAAAAGUUGUGUUCAUUACUAAUUCAGGGUAUAUAUGAACUGCUUGAUCUGAGGCUUCCCCUGUCUGCUUUACUAACUUUCAAUAAAUCCUAAGUGAUCUACUUAAAAAGUUGUCAGGAUUCAGUUUGUCACUAGUGCAUUGAUGAGUAAAACAUGAAGACUUCACUUACAGUUCAAUACCAGUUGUAAUUGUUGCCAUUUCAAUCCGGUGUUACUGUGCAGAGACCCGGACUCACCAGGAAACACUGCUGAGCUGCAGUGUCCUGACAACCAUCUCCAAGCUCUCAGCUUUACCCUGGGAAGAGACAGGAAACACUUUUGCAGCUGUGAGGAGUAUGAUCCUUGCUGGUUUAUUCCAUUAUCCUUCCCUGAUCCCAAAACUCCAGACACAUGCUAUUUCUAACUGUGUAAGCAGUCAGAACCUCUGCACAGUGAUUCAGGAAUAAAUAAAAUGUUUUUAGUAAUGUUGAUAAUGUGUUUCAGUCUCUAUCAAUAUCAAAUGCAGCUUUGGAGCUUCUCGGCACCAUUUUUUACAAACUGCACUCCUGUUGUCAUUGUCACACAUGUCACAUGAAUGAGUGAAUACAGUGAAAAGCAACUUCCUAACACAAUUUCAUGGCUUGAAGUCAGUAUGUUCUUCUGGAUAGAUUAUUUAUCCCUGCUCUUUGACUGUCCCUGUGUCAUGAAUCAGUUCUGCACAAAUGAUCCUGUUUCAGAUUAGGGCAUCUCUAAUCAUAGAAUCAACUAGACUAAUAUGUCUGAAUGCCAGGUUUUGCAGGUAUUUAAAAUAUGCAAGUUCCUAUGUUCUAUAUUACUAACUUUGUUAGAGAAAGAGAACAGGUUUGAGGACAUCUGCAGCUAGAUUCUCCCCUGGUGUGAUUAUGUUUCUUCAUACCAGCUGAGAAUCUGCACCUUUAAUCUUGCCAUUGAUCAAAUAAUUAAAAAAAAAAAUACGUAAUACUAUUCUAAAACCCAAACAAAUGACAAAUAUAGUACCUUGAGUAACACUUUUACUUCUUAGCAAAAAACCAGCUGUUAUUCAAAAGGGUCUGUAAUGAUAAAUUUAUGUCAGCAGGCACCCUUUGUUUCAUUUCACUGACACAUGGAAAGUUUUCUUUAUCUCCAGGGAGGCCUUCCUCAAAACCAUCAGUCUUGUGGUACUGACAGUGCUGGUCCCUCUUAGGAGUUUUAUGAUGAAAACAAACAAGAUAUUUCUGGUAGCUGUUUAUGCAUGUAUGGUUUUCAAAGAUAAUUAUGAACUGUAGCUGAAUUUACAGCAUACGAAUGUCAUGGGAACUGCUGUAAAAAGAAAGUCAAGAUAAAUUCAGAGAAAGGAAAGCAGAGGGCACAAAGAUAAACUAAAAUGACAUAUUUAGCUGGCAAAGGGUUUUUUCUAAAAGAGGGUCCUUUUAGUGGGAGAAAAUGAGUGCUCUACCACUUAGUUCUCUACUGUAGUUCUAGAAGAUGAACUAAGCAUAGAUUUAGUACAAGUCUGUGAUGCUGUCCCAAGGUUGAAUUAGAUGGGAUUGAUCAGACUAAGGGCUACCCCUGCACAGGUGGGUUUAUGGUAUGAACCUUAGAGUAGUGCCAGAGAGCAUGGUCGGGCUUCUCUAGCUUUGGCAGAAUCAAUGCCAUAAUUAUGUAAACCUUCUUGUUUAGCUGACCUAGUACAAAUAACACAUACACAAAACCAAUCAUCAAGAAUUUUUACUGGGGAUUAUUUUCUGUAGCAGCUUUUUAGAUUUGUAUGUGCCAUUCAGCAUCCAGUAAGAGCGCUCAAAAUACUCAGCUCUCAAAAUAUUCCUCUUACCAACAUAACUCACUGUACAUGCACACUUCACUUUACUCCUUAUGAACAUGAAGUCAUCAUACCCAAAGUACAAGGGAAAUAAUCUGCUGACCUGUGUAGCACAAAGGUUUGUCUCCUGCUUCAAUACUUAAAUCUUAUUAGAUGCUUUAAACCAGCUGAAUUAUUAUCUGCUCUUCCUGUUUAACCGCAGGGAGAUGGAAAUUCACAGACACAUUAUCUUCUUUGGCUUUUGGAAUUUAAUAUUGUGCAAAAGAAAGCUGUAUUAAUUUUUGAUUUGACAAGAAACAAGAGGAAUGCAAUCUAAGAUCAAGAAUCUAAAAGAAACAGAUUUCCAUCUUCUGUUGAAGUUGGCAGUCAGUAAUAUGGCUCUUAGAUGCCUUUACAUGCUACGGCUUACAAGAGACUCACAAAAGUCAGAUCAUUUUUCUCCCCUUUUUUUCCCCAGCUGCUCAGCCUGCCUUAAUUAGGUACUGCUUUGAAUGCAGUUCCCUCUCUUUACCACCCAUACUGCCAAAAAACCUCAACUGAGAAAAAAAAAAAAAAAAAGCAUAAAAUCAUCAUCCUCUCCUCAGUGAUUCAUAUGCUCAUGAACGUACGCCUGGCUUAGGUGCUUGUCCUGGAUCCCGCUCUGUAAUUUGCAUUUUAGUCAAAUGCCUCAAUCAAAUGCCUGUGUGGCUCUAUGCCAAAGAUAAACAUGUAUUUCCUCUAUACAGCAUCCAGGUUGCUUCCAUUCCUACUUUUGUCUUGCUAGUGUCUUGUUGUCAUCUUCCACUUUUUGUAUUCAAUUCAUUUAGGGCUGGACUCGAAAGCUCCCUCUGGUUUUAUACUAAAGCUUUUCUCUCUCCUUUCCUAAAUAGCAUCUGUUUGCCUAACUUCCUCAUAAAUCUUACAACAGGUUAUCUAGACACCAAGAUUUACAGUCUAGCCUCUAUCAUUGCCUUCUCUGUGAAACGUAACUAAAAUUAACUAGCAUGAAAUAAAAUUCCAUGGAAGUCAAUUUAGAGUUUUCAAACAGGACAGAAGAUUAAGCUGAAGCCUAACGUAAGGACAACCCUGAGCUGUUGUUCCUUCACCAGGCAAUUUGCUUGUAUUUUAGAGGCUCCCAUUUCUUCCCAGCUUUCCAGACUUGUUUUAGAUUUCUGCAGUUAAUGCUACUCCAUAUGAGCUUUCUGAGGCAUAGUGUCUACCUUUCCCAUAUUCUUGCAUUGGUGCAAUUUAUACUUGUCUCAUCAUAAGGUUUUAAUAUGAUCCUAUAUGUUUGUGCUAUAUUGGCUUCUUGUAUGAAGUUUUGUGAAGUGUGAUGCUGUGUAAAAGACAGUGUAUUCAUCCAUAAACUAUGCCAAAUAAUCUGCUAGUUAUUACUAAAUGAGAAUCUUCAAGGUUGUACAUUUUCUUGAGAAAUGUUUCCAUUUCUUCUCUGAUGCAGAUUUGUGUUUGUAUAGUGUUUGCAUAGUACUUGGAAAUCCCAUAUAUGAGGGGCCCAGAAUGCUGUAAAACAUUUUGACAGAUAGUUCUUGAAAUCAAAACAUUUUACCUGAAGGGCAUACUUUGCUUGGGUGGAAAAUAACAGCUCGUUUUCUUACGCAAAACAACUCUGUGGCAUACUGCAGACACACCAAGUUAUUCAUAUGGAAGAAAAAAUAGUGCUGUGAUUAAAAUGUAUUUGCAUCCCGUAUGACAGGCGUUUCUAUGUUACUUAGGAUGCCAGCAGUGCUCAAAUCAUCUUGGCUUCUCCCAUCAUAAGAAAUGCAGCCAAGUCUCUGUGUGCUUGAAUUGCCUGGACCAGCAGAACGUUAACUUUAUUCUUCUGCUGAGCUUACGCUAUACAAAACAACAUUAUCCAAGCAAACCUGGGUGUGGAAUGGAUUGAACAGAGGCCAACUGCUGAAGGGCAGUAACAUACUGAACUUGACCCAGGGGAAACACUAGCACACCAGAACAGCUAUUGGAGAGUGUGACCCUUUUUCUCAUUUCAAUCAGGUCAAACGCUGGGGAAACCAUGGCCUGGUCUGAGUCUGUGGAUACAAUACUAGCUAAUAAAGAUGGCUUGGCAGCUUUUAGGACAUUUUUAAAGUCAGAGUUCAGUGAGGAGAAUGUGGAGUUCUGGCUCGCCUGUGAGGACUUCAAGAAAACCAAGUCCUCGGCUAAGAUCGCUUCAAAAGCCCGAAAGAUUUAUUCUGACUUUAUACAAGCUGAUGCUCCAAAGGAGGUUAAUAUCGACUUCCAAACUAAAACCCACAUCUCUCAGAACAUCUCUGAACCCACUCUCAGCUGCUUUGAUGAUGCUCAGAGGUUAGUCUAUAGUCUCAUGGCAAAGGACUCUUUUCCCAGGUUUCUAAGGUCAGAAGUUUACAAGGAAUUGGUAAAGAAGCAACAGAAUGGAAAUCAGAAGAGAUGGUUCCCAUUUUUUUGAGAAAAUGUCCAAGGGAUUAUGAAUUUGUAUAUGUCUCCCAUUGCAAGUCAGUACAGUUAAUAUUUUAUUAAACUGAUUGUACAAACCAGAUCUAAAUUGCCUUUGACAGCUUGUUUUUAAGUACAAUAGGCACAUGAUAGUUUCUAUUAACAGUGGAGAAAUAGUCAAGAAACAGGAUAGAAUAUGCCAAGACAUUUGAGCUUCCUUUUUAGUGAAGAAGUUUGCCAUUGAAAAUUUUGCCAGUGCUUGCUUUAUCUGUCAAAGUGUUUUCACAUUAAGCAGAAUGUUUUGGGUUUUCUGAUUUGUUAUUCAUUUUUCUGUAGAAGUAUGGCCUCAAAAAUAAAUUUCAGGGGACUUGGAUACAUUUACUCGUUCAUUCAUCAUCUCAUUUGUAAUAUG